AUGCCCCGUACCAAGACGUCCCGGCGCUCGGCAGCAGCCAAGAAGAGGAUGGCAGAUCGGCAUGGAGGGGUUGCUGACGUGGUUGUGGCUCUGACUGACGGGGUUAUGCCUCCCCAUGACGAAAAGGCUCUGACUGACGUUCCAGAGAGCCACAGCCCACCUGCAUGGCAGGCUGUUACUGUAGCUGCCACAUCUGAGACUGACGGGGUUAGGCUUCAGCCCCAUAACCAAAAGGCCUUGACUGACAUACCCCCCUCCCCAAAAAAGCACAUGUCCUCUGAGACUGACGGGGUUAGGCUUCAGCCCCAUAACCAAAAGGCCUUGACUGACAUACCCCCCUCCCCAAAAAAGCACAUGUCCUCUGAGACUGACGGGGUUAGGCUUCAGCCCCAUAACCAAAAGGCCUUGACUGACAUACCCCCCUCCCCAAAAAAGCACAUGUCCUCUGAGACUGACGGGGUUAGGCUUCAGCCCCAUAACCAAAAGGCCUUGACUGACAUACCCCCGUCCCCAGAAAAGCAACUGACUCAGAGUCUUCGGACUUUGAUCUCUGGCAAUGAGUUUGGCAAUGAGUUUGGCAGAGCGAUUGGCAAAGCGUUUGGCAGAGCGAUUGGCAAAGCGAUUGGCAGAGCGAUUGGCAAAGCGAUUGGCAGAGCGAUUGACAAUGACCUUGGCAAUAUCAAUGAAAAUGUACAUAAUGCAUGUCAUCUGUCUGUUGAAUUUCCUCAGGAACCUACUGUGAGAGGCUCCUUCCAUCAAGGACAUCCAAGGUUUGGUGUUAAUGCAAAUAAACAAUGUGUUGCUAACAGUGUCACAGCCAUUAUGAUGUCAAGAGUGAAGAACGUGCUGAGCUGGACCACAAGAGACCUGGAUGACGUGCUGCUGAAUGGAGACCGACUCUACAGUAGCAUUAGAGAUGCAGGUGUAAUUCAUGAUGCGUCAGGUUACCUGUUAGUUAGAGACUUGCCUACAGAGCAUUCACUGCAUGGUCACUGGUUUGAACUGAGCUAUAGUGAUGACAUGUUUGUGGGGCUGUUUGGAGUUAGUGAAUAUGGGGAAAUGCAGGGUGUGUAUAUGUCACAUGAUGAAGCUGUAAUAAGAGUGCUGUCGCAGUUUGAUGCUUGUUUGUUUACUGUGAAUGUCAAUACAUGUGCUAUCAUCAAGCAGGGCUCGUGGUUUGUGCUUAUUGACUCGCACGCACGAAACGCACACGGUGAGGAGGAGGAUGGAGAUUCAGGUACGAGUUUAGUAGCUUACCAUGCUAACAUGGAGUCUCUCCUGAACCACGUUACCAUUCUGGGGCUGUCAUUAAGCGCGGAGAGCGCGCCGUUUGAAAUCACGGGCGUGGUCGCGACUGUAGCUGAUGUGGGCUCGGAGCUGGAAAGCCUCGAAGGUAACGGCGUUUCUGUCACUGACGUCCCGGAGCGGGAAACCCACGACGAACACGCAGAGAACGAACCUCGACAGGUGGGUGACGUUUCACAGCGCGGUGUAAAGCGGUCCAGGGGGCAGUUCCUGUACAGUGACGCAGUGAGGGGUAAACGGAGAGCACCUGAUGCUGAACGUGUGUCUGUGGUAAAUGAUGAAAGUGAAGUCUCGGCAGAUGAUCGAGCUGAACGGUACAGCCGCAGCGCGGAGCCGCUCGUCAGCGACGUUGUGUUGAUCGGAGAAACACAAAGUGAAAGUUUCCGGUUCAGUCCUUUAACAGCGCAGCAGCAGAAAAGCCUUUUUGUACGACACGGCAUUGUGUAUGUUGAACAUGGUCAUGUAGACGUUACAGCCGCGGUUUCAAUAGGAGAACCUUGCGAAACACAAACUAUAGCUGGGGAUGGAAACUGCUUUUUCCGAUCUUUAGCCUUUGCGCUACGCAACUACACAACAUGCCCAACCGCUUCAACCCGUCACGAACUUGAAAGGCGGAAAAAGGAAUACGAGUCAAAUGAACAGAAAAAGAAGGAGAAAGUUCAGAGAAGCUUAAAACGAUACUAUGAGGAUGACAUUUACAGAAGCUAUGUCAUGAAAAGGAACGCCGAUGAAUACAGAACAAAUGAGCAGUAUAAGCAACAGAAGAAAAACCUGAGCAUCAACAAGUAUGCUACAAACCUAGAACACAGAGAACAUGUGAAAGAACUGAGUGUAAGCAAGUAUUCCACAAACCUGGAACACAGAGAACAUGUCAAAGAACUGAGUGUAAGCAAGUAUUCAACAAACAUGGAACACAGAGAACAUGUGAAAGAACUGAGUGUAAGCAAGUAUUCAACAAACCUGGAACACAGAAAACAUGUGAAAGAACUCAGUGUAAGCAAGUAUUCCACAAACCUGGAACACAGAGAACAUGUGAAAGAACUGAGUAUCUGCAAAUAUGCCACAAAUGAAUGUCACAGGGAAGCUGUUAAAAAACACAGUUUUGAAGCAUACCAUAGAGACCCUGAGUACCAAGCAGCUAAGAAACACCGAAUCAGAAAUGUAGAAAGACGGAAUAAUGAAGUAAAACGAAGGAAAGAAAUAGAACAUGUUACUGAACAAUUCAGACAGAAGAUAAGAACCGGACCUGAAUAUGUGUGUUCAGUGUGUCAUCGAAUACUGUUCAAGAAGCAAGUGCUAAAAUGUAAAAAAGAAGAUUUUCUCAAAAGACCCCACAUUAUGUCAGUGGCACAAAAGUGUAUUACAGAUACCUAUUUACAUACAUGCAAUGACACCUGCACAGCUGACUGCACGAAGAAAACUGGCCCUGCAGGAUCACUCUGGAUUUGCUACACAUGCCAAAGAAAGAUUCUAGGUGGUAAAAUGCCAGAAGAGAGUGUUGCAAACCAUCUUUCACUAGAGCCAAUUCCUCCUGAGUUACACAGAUUAAAUUCUCUAGAACAACAUUUAGUUGGGAUGCAUAUUCCAUUCAUGAGACUUGUGUGUUUGCCAAAAGGAGGGCAAAAUGGUGUUCAUGGUCCUGUAACGUGUGUACCAUCUAACAUUACAGAUGUAACCCAAGUUUUACCAAGAUCAGAAAAUGCUGAUCUCAUGAUUCGAGUGAAACUAAAAAGGAAAUUAACAUACAAAGGGCACUAUGAAUAUGAAUUUGUACAGCCAGAAAACAUUAAGAAUGCUUUGAUGUACCUCAAAGAGCAUAACAAAUUCUACAGUGAUGUGCAAUUUAACAAUGAUUGGAUUAAUCCAUUAAAUAAAGCUGAAGAGCACAAUGAUGAAUGUGAGGAACAUGUCUAUGAAGAGAGCACAGACAUCAAUUUUGAAGAUGAGAACAUUGAUGAAACUCUACAUGACAGACAACAGCAUGGUAUGUUUAUGGAUACAUGCCUACAACCUGUGGAUAUAGCUCAGGAGGUUUUAGAUCAACACUUUGAUCAAAUAAUGUCUCUGGCACCUGGAGAAACCAAUAACCCAGUGAGGCUUCUAACUGAUGAAUCUAACGAGGCUAAGUGUUUUCCAGUUCUUUUUCCAAGAGGCACAGGCACUUUUCAUGAUAACAGGCCAGAAAAACUGACAUUAUGUAGAUAUUUGAAUACAAGAAUACUCAAUGCUGAUGGACGAUUUGCAAAAAAUUUAGACUAUUUAUUUUAUAGUCAAUAUUUAUCAGAGUUACAACAGAUUGUAUCAAAUGUAUCAAUUGCUGUGAGGAAAGGUCAUGACACACAAAGACAAACUCACAUUACCUCAGAAAUGUUGACAAACAAAGAAUCACUACAGAGGAUUUUGAAUUAUGAUGAAGGCUACAAGUUCCUCAAACCCAUAAGAGGCACCCCUGUGUUCUGGCAAAGUGUUCAGAAAGACUUGUUUGCUAUGGUGAGGCAGCUGGGUAUUCCUACAUGGUUUUGUUCAUUCUCCUCUGCUGACCUGCGAUGGCCUGAACUACUGCAAACAAUCCUGAAACAAGAGGGAAAAGAAGCAGCAUUUGAUGAGCUUGACUGGUCAGAACGAUGUGCUCUGUUGAAGACCAACCCAGUGACAGCUGCUAGAAUGUUUGACCAUCGAUUCCACUGCUUUCUUAAAGAUGUGAUUAUGUCUGAAGCACAGCCAAUCGGUAAAAUUGUGGACUACUUUUACAGAGUUGAAUUUCAGCAGCGUGGCUCACCUCACACUCACUGUUUAUUCUGGGUGGAAAAUGCUCCUCAGAUUGAUAAAGAUGAAGAUCAUGAAGUUGUAGCAUUUGUUGAUCAUUAUGUAACAUGUGAAAUGCCACCAGAGGAUGACAAAGAAAUGCAUGAAAUUGUCUUAAGUGUACAACGACAUAGUAAAAGACAUUCAAAAACAUGCAAAAAAAAGGGAACAACCUGUAGAUUCAAUUUCCCACGUCCACCAAGUAACAGAACAUUUAUAACCAGAUGUACAACUGAUGAUGCUAAAAAGGAUACUGAUGGGAGUUGUGACAAGGAAAAUAAUUCACCAAACAUAAUCAGCCCUCGAAUAGAAAAAGAUUUAGCAGAGGCAAUUGUGAAGAAAGUAAAGGAAGCUUUGAUGAACACAGAGGUCAGCUUUGAUUCUGUAGAUGAUUUGUUUGCCUCACUUGGUAUAAAUCAAGAAAUAUUUGAAGCUGCUUAUUUAAGGAUGAUAAGGAAAACCAGUGUUGUUUUAAAGAGAGCACCUUGUGAUGUGUGGGUGAACCAGUAUAAUCGAGACCUCUUACGUUGCUGGAAUGCCAAUAUGGACAUACAAUUUGUGGUUGAUGCGUAUUCCUGUAUUGUGUAUAUCAUCUCCUACAUUUCAAAAGCAGAGAGAGAGAUGGGAUUGUUAUUGUCAUGUGCUCAGAAAGAGGCUUCAAAACAAGGAAAUGUGGAUGCAAAACAGGCCUUGCGAAAACUUGGUAGUGUUUUCCUGCACAAUCGUGAAGUUUCAGCUCAGGAAAGUGUGUAUCGUCUCACCAACAUGAAACUGAAAGCAGCAUCUCGCAAAGUACAGUUUAUCCCAACCGGACAUGCAAUCAGAAUGAGUCUACCUCUGAAUGUUAUACAAAAGAAAGCAGAAUGCAGUGAUGAAGAAAGACAGAAUAUCUGGAUGACAAGUAUUACUGACAGAUAUAAAAGGAGACCCAAAACUGAAGAAUUUGCUAAAAUGUGUCUGGCAACCUUUGCAUCUGAGUACAGAAUAUUGUCCAAAUCUGAAGGUUCAUCCACAAACAGCAUAAAAUUGGACAAAGGAUUAGGAUUUGUGAAGAAAAGAACACGCACUGAUGCUGCUGUGAUUCUGUAUGCUCGAUUUUCACCCACAAAGGAUCCAGAGAAAUAUUAUCAAAGCAUUUUGCAGCUCUUUUUGCCUCACUAUUUGGAAAGUCAGUUGAAACCGUCCUACUUCAACACAUAUCAGGAAUUUUAUGAAACAGGUUAUGUCAAAUUUUGUGAUGAACUUUGCUCAGUUAAACUGAUUGUGGAUUCAAAUAGGGCAAUGUUUGAAAAAGAAGCUGACAUCAUAGACCAGGCUCAAGAAGACCUAGAGAUGCAUGGCCCAAUGGAAGAUGCAUGGGCAGAAAUCUGUCCAGAGAGUGAAGGUGAACGUUUAGAGUGCCUUGCCAGCAGAUCUGAUCAAACAACAGAUAUGGAUGAACACAGUGAUGUUAUACCAGACCUGCUACCAAAAUCAACCUGUACAUGGCAAGAUAAUCCUCACUGUAUGCCAAAGCAGCAAGCAAUGAUUUUGAUUCGUGCACUUAAUGAGAAACAAUCUGAAAUCUUUUAUAAAAUUCGUCAGUGGUGUUUACAAAAGACACGUGGUGAAAAUCCUGAACCUUUUCAAGUAUUUAUAUCUGGUCCUGGUGGUGUUGGAAAGUCUAUGCUAAUUAAGGCAUUACAUUAUGAAGCAUAUCGCAUCCUGUCUCACUUGUCAGAUAAUCCUGAUGAGAUACAUGUGUUAUUAACAGCUCCAACGGGUGUCAGUGCCUACAACAUUGAUGCUGCAACAAUACAUACUUGCCUCUCCAUUGGAAAAGAUAUAAAGUUACCUUAUCAACCACUAGGAGAUGAUAAAAUAAACUCCCUGAGAUCUAAACUGGGCAACCUGCAGAUUUUAAUAAUUGAUGAAAUUUCAAUGGUCGAUCACAAACUUCUUGCUUAUGUUCAUGGUAGACUGAGACAGAUCAAACAAGCAGGGGAUUAUUCACCUUUUGGAAAAGUUUCAAUCAUUGCAGUUGGAGACUUUUAUCAGCUUGGUCCUGUAAAGGGAAAACCUCUGUACAUUGAACCUCCAGGUGUGAAUCUAUGGCAGAAUCAUUUUGCUUUGGCGGAGCUCACAGAUAUUAUGAGACAGAAAGACGCAGAGUUUGCACAGUUACUCAAUCGGUUAAGGAAACGCAAAAAAGGUGAAGUUUUGCCAGAACAAGAUAUUAAUAUGUUGAAACAGUGUGAAACAGGUGAAGGAGCAGACAGUACUGAUCUCCAUAUUUAUGCAACUAAUGAAGAAGUUGAUGACCACAACAGGCGUAUGUUACACAGAAUGUGCUCAGAUACUACUGUCAUUCAUGCCCAGGAUUUUGAGAGGGUGGCUAAAACUGGUCGUCUGGAAAGGAAACAUGGACAUCAUGCCACAGUGCACAACACAUGUCUGACACAGGCACUGCAUAUAGGUGUCAACGCACGUGUAAUGCUGCUUAAAAACAUUGAUGUUUCAGAUGGACUUGUAAAUGGUGCAUUUGGUACAGUUAAUGAAGUGUGUUUUAACAAUGAUCUGGAUUUUCCAUCAAAAAUAUAUGUUACAUUUGACAAUGAAAAAGCUGGUAAAGCAUUAAGAGCAAAACAUCCUGGCUUAAAACCUGGUCUGACAAAAGCAACAUCAAUCCAACCUGAAGAAGAAAGAGUGACAAACAAUGGUGGCAUACGGCGUCAAUUCCCUCUGAAAUUCUAUAAACCACCACUUCUGGACCCCCUCCAGUUCACCUAUGAGCCCUGUCUGGGAAUUGAGGACACCAUCAUUUACCUGCUCACCUGCGUCUACGCUCACCUGGACAAGCCAGCCAGCACUGUGAGGGUCAUGUUUUUUGACUUCUCCAGUGCAUUCAAUACCAUUCGGCCUGCUCUUCUGGGUGAUAAGCUGACAAUGAUGGGUGAUGAGGAUGAGUACAGGGCAACGGUGAAGGACUUUGCCGCAUGGUGUGAGCUGAAACAUCUGCAGCUCAAUGUAACAAAGACAAAGGAACUGGUGCUGGACCUGAGCAGGGCAAGGUUACCCCCGUGUCCAUCAGGGGGUCAGUGUGGACACAGGUCCUCAUCCUCCUCCUCCUGCCGCCACUGUCGUGCCUCGCAUCUGUACGGGGAGCUCAGGCUUUGCGCUCUGCCCCCUCGCCGAGGUGUGUCGCCGCUGAGUGCUCGGUCCCCGCCUUUCUGCCGUUUCUCUCAGCCAUCAUCAUCGGGGCCCAGGAUCACAUACAAAAAUGUGGAAAAGGAAUCUCUGGAUCCUCGAGGGGCUUUGGAGUAUGUUCGGAAGGAAAUCAUCCCUGAGACGGAGAAGUAA